ACCCAGGGUCUGUGAAUACUAGGAAUUGACGGACUUGCAGAGAGAUCCUCCUGCCCAGUGUUCUGCGGGACCUGUCGGUGAUGAUUUGUUCCACUGGCAGGCCACCAUCAUGGGCCCGAGUGACAGUCCUUACCAAGGAGGCGUUUUCUUCCUGACCAUCCACUUUCCUACAGAUUACCCUUUCAAACCCCCAAAGGUUGCUUUCACGACCAAAAUAUAUCACCCCAAUAUCAACAGCAAUGGCAGCAUCUGCCUAGAUAUCCUGCGGUCGCAGUGGUCUCCAGCACUGACUGUAUCCAAAGUUCUCUUGUCCAUCUGCUCUCUACUCUGUGACCCCAACCCUGAUGAUCCUCUGGUACCAGAAAUAGCCCACACCUACAAGGCUGACAGAGAGAAGUACAACAGACUGGCAAGAGAGUGGACACAGAAAUAUGCUAUGUAAGUGCCUCAAAGGUUUCAUGGGAGACAUUGUCCAAGAGAGGCUCGCCAGGCAGCUGUCUUCCUGUGAAGCUCUGAGCCACUCACAGAGCACCAUCUGUUCUGCACACAUGUUGGCCAUCCACUUUCUCUGGCUAUAGCAUAUUGGUGCCUCUCUCAGCCACUGUGGCUUUGACAGUAUCAUGUCUCUGAUGCCAAAUCAACAGCCAUGUUUAUUAGGAUCGUCAGCCUUCCUGGUUACAUUGGAAUCGGUCUGUCUGUCCAACCUCCUCUGUUUGUCUCUGGGGAACCAGGCCCUGCCUCCCCUGCCUGGCUUCAAGUGGCAUCAAUCGGGGGUGCAGCCCAGCCCCUCACUGUGUACGCUUUGCCUUUGGAACUCAGUGCUGUCCUGGGCUUCCUGCAAACCUGUCUGCCAUAGAACCAUGUCCCAAGGAGUCUGAGUACAUCCUGAAGGCUCCCAGAAUCUGGGACAGCGUCACCGGAAGGUGGAGGCCUGGUUCUAUACUUUUGCUGUCUUCCACCAUCUUCCUCCACAGUGCUACAGGCUGCAUUUCUCUCCUCACACCAAAAAGCAGGAAGUGGAAAAUGUGAAGAUAUAAAGCACAUAACAUCCCAGGAGAGAUACCUGUCUUUUUCAGAAGUAAGAGCAAAAUUAGGAAACCUGGAGAGAUUUGGGCUAUGCUUUUCUAUGUGAUGAGGUUUCUCCCCACCUCUGCCUCCCCCUACUGGAGCCUACAUAAAGUCCAAGUAUAAGCCAUUCACAGACUAGAACACAAGGAAGGCAACAGACUCUCCAAUGUAAAUAAAAACGAGAUUCCUUCGAAACUAAAUGAUAAUAGAGGUUUAUGCUGCUUUCUUUCUUCCAGGCAGAAUAGAGGAUAUGAAACUUAACAGGUUCUUCAGACUCCUGAUUACAGUAGCCUGCUGGGUGCGGGCCUCCUCACUUGGCUUUCAGAUGGAGCACAGUUCAAGUUUGCCCUUAGAACUGAGAGCUUUGAGCUUUGAGAUUAGGCUAUCUGGGCAGAAACGAAGUUUGUAGUAAAGCGCCUCCAAAGAGGAAGGAGCUAACACCAAAUUUAACUUAGUCUUUCUCUCUCUCUCUCUCUUUCUCUUUCUCUCUCUUUCUUCCUUCCUUUUCUUUUUUCUUCCUUUCU